UUGAGUUGUGCCACUGCCCUCCGCGCAGCCCCCCGGCACGGAGCGCUCCGGCUAUUUCUAACGAGGAAAAAACAGCCAACCAGACGGCGGAGGAAGCUCCAAAACGCACUUUGUCGCUUUUUCUCCACCCGUCGGGUUUGAGGUUUGGUGCCGGGUUAUUUAUUUAUUAUUAUAUAUAUAUAUAUAUAUAUAUAUAUUUUUUUUUUUUUUUGCUUCUUUCUGUUAUUAUUGUAAUUUUGUGCGAAAGGAAGUUGUGAACAACUGCGAGUCAGGAAGUGGAAAUCCACACCGGUUGUGACAAGCUGGGGCUCCAAACUAUUUCAUUAUUUAUAUAGAUGUGUCUAUCAACAUUCUGCUUUUCAUCCAAAGAAUAAAGGGAAAUGCCGGCCGGCCCCACGCCUGACGGGGAAUGACAGACCGCAUCUGAGCAAAGGAAGGACUAAAUAUAUCAGCUAAAGCAGCACCGGGAUUUAUUGAACUCGAGAGACUUUUUUUUUUUUUUCUAACCUAAAGACCGAGCGAGAGAUUUAAAGGGUCAUUAAAAGGGGAACAAUUUGCAAGGCCCUUUGGCUCGUGGAGCGCAGCGAACCUCCGGGGCAGGAGCGGCGUUUGUAGGACGGGCAGCACAUGAAGGCACCACGGCAAGGCUCUGCGCGAUGAAUUUUCUAUCCUAUGGAUACCACUUGUGAGGUUACGCACCAAGAUCUGUAAUUGAUCUCGCACCCCAUAAUUUCAAUGCCUAAUAUUCCCCAGGAUUGCUGGAGUACCCGAGGAGCUGCGUCGGACUGUAUUCGGGGUAUGCCAUGGGCUGUAUUCAGAGCAUUAGCUGCAAAUCCAAAGUUUUCCGGGAAAGUAUUUCGGUGAUUGAAGUCAAAGCCUCCAUCGAUCCCAUCCCCACCAGCAUCGACGAGUCCUCCAGCGUGGUCCUGCGUUACCGCACCCCGCACUUCCGCGCCUCGGCGCAGGUGUUGGUGCCCCCCAUCCCCAAGAAGGAGACGUGGAUCGUGGGCUGGAUCCAGGCGUGCAGCCACAUGGAAUUCUACAAUCACUACGGGGACCAGGGAAUGUCAAGUUGGGAGCUUCCAGAUCUACUGGAGGGUAAAAUCCAGGCCAUCAGCGACUCAGACGGAGUGAACUAUCCCUGGUACGGAAACACGACAGAAACCUGCACCAUCGUGGGUCCCACAAAGAAGGAGUCCAAGUUCAACAUCAGCAUGAACGACAACUUCUACCCGAGCGUGACGUGGGCAGUGCCCGUCAGCGAGAGCAACGUGGCCAAGCUGACGAGCAUCCACCGGGAUCAAAGCUUCACCACCUGGCUGGUGGCCACCAACACGGCCACCAACGAGAUGGUGACCUUGCAGACUAUCAAAUGGAGGAUGAGGCUGGGCAUAGAGGUGAACCCCAGCAGACCCCUGGGGCAGCGUGCCAAGCUGCAGGAGCCCUCAGCUCAGGAGCAGCCCCAGGUCCUCAGCAAGAAUGAGCCAAUACCACCCAGUGCCCUUGUCAAACCCAAUGCCAACGAUGCUCAGGUACUCAUGUGGAGGCCAAAGGACGGAGCGCCGCUCGUGGUGAUACCUCCCAAGCACCGAUAGUAACAAACCUGGCGUCCCGGCACUGAAAGGGAGAAAACGUAACUGGAAACAAAGCGAAACAAUCACUUAGGUGUUAGAAUAAACACGUAUAAUCUGAGCGAAAUCAAAAAUGCACUUUUUAGUCAUUCAACAAAUGCAACCAUUCUACCUUCUCCCAUUGGGACGGAUUUCACUGUGCUAAAGCUACAGAGGAGACCUCGGGCCGGGGUCUGUCUCACCACUGGAUUCCUAAGGGAAGGAAUGAACACUGAUGUCUACCAGUAUUGCUUUUUUUGUUCUCUUCCCUCUUUCAGUUCCUGUUUGAACUUCAGUCUCAUUAGCUUGCCCAGACUGCCCACGACAAUAAGAGCAUUUUAUUUGGGAUUUUAAGAGUCUUUUGUUGUUGUGUUUUUUUUUUUCCUUCUCCUUUUCGGUUGAGAACAGAAGUUCCUGGGGCAACAAGUCAACUAUUUAAGAUAAGGAUUUUUCUUUUUUAAGCUGUAAGGUUCUGAGUUGCAAAUCCAAGUCAUGCGGCCUUAUGUAGACUUUGCUUUGCAUUGCCAAACUUUUGCCUUAAAGCUACGUUUGAAAACAACAACAACAACAACAAAAACACCACCGGGCAGAAUGUCCUUUCUACAGAGCUUGUGGGAAAAGAGCUUCAGAGCGAGGAGGAGAUGGUCAGCAUCACAGGCAAAUGAAAAGGGCACGGGAUUGGAGGAAGCACCAUCAGAAGAAAAACCUUCCUGGUUUUCAAUUGAGGAAGCUCGGAAAUCAUCUCGGUUUCAAAGCAAUGCAAACAAACUGCUGUCGGAUGGAGCUCAGCGGCCGUCUCCCCGCUCGGCAGGAGGAAUGGAGCUCACCCCAUUUGCACUUCUUGGCGUUGAACCACGGGAUGCUCUGAUGGGCAGAGCCAGCAGCUGCAGCCUCGGGGUCACCACUGUGUGCGGAGGCAUCGAGACACACGGGUGUAAGCGAGGGCAGAUCCAUCCGCCACGUCUACCCAGCAAUAUCCACAGUUCAGGAACGGCCGUGUCUGAGCCCAGCAGGCACCGUUCCUAGCAAACACUAGAGACAAAAGCUACGAAAAACUCUUCUUCCUACGGUAACGAAUCACGUUGGGGUUCGUAGGUAUUUUUCUUCCCAAUGACCUCAUGAUCUACACAACUUCCAGGACCGGGGUGAGACCGUGCCCGUUUGGUUACGUAGCCAAGGAUCCUGCAUGGGGCGGGAAGCAGGGAAGACCCACAUCUCGGGUGUAGAUCCUCCAGUCAAGAAAAGUGCAUUUGGAGCAGGAGCCAAAACCUGGGUUUCAGCAAGAACCUCGUCCAGAUGGCUUCAGAGAUAGCAGCUGUGUUUCUGCAGAGGAAGGGGGUGCGGGAAGGUUGCUCUUAGGGGGGAGGGGGCGCCUGUGGCAGCGCUUUCUGUGAGAUAACGUUUCUUCCUCUUAUUCACAACGCGACUCCAGAGCUGGGGCUGAGCAGAGCCCAGCUGCAGAAGCUCCCGGCCCUGCAGAGCUGGUCCGAGCAGGUCUCGGUCCCAUGCUCGCUGCUCAGAAGGUUCUCCCAUGGGGGAGCACCAUUCGCUGCUAUUGCCACCUCCUCCUCCCACACAACAAGAAUUUCUCCUCCUUCGCUUCUCCAAAGCCGCGCCGUCUAUUAUGGCAGCAGGUUCAGCAUCUCCCCUGCGUGGGGAAAGCACGCCCCACAGCCGCCUCAAACCAGCAAACAUGGACGCGGGGUCCCUGCAGUGUGCCCUCCCAGCAGGGUGCCCUCCUCCCUGUGCUGCAGAGCUGCUCUCCCCCUCCGAUGGGAGACCCUACAGGUAGGCAGUCUGACAUCACAAGCAGCUUGCAAACAACUGGACUGGAUCAACCUCAAACCCAUCAGCCAAAGGUUGCCUACAUCUAGGCUUUGGGACGAUCAAGGACGAAGCUAGGGAGGCUUUGACUUGCACAGUCACUCUCUAUUAAAUUCCAUUUUCUUACACGGAUUCAGAUCCCAACUACAGCUCCACAGGCACAGCCCUCAGGACUUGGCUGUCUUUUCUCCUAGGCAAUACAUGCAGAAGAGGACAAAACGGGAGCUGUGGGCGAUUGCUGGUAACACUUGCACACACCUCUGCUGCUGCUCCAGGCAGAGCGGCGGGGGGGAGCAGAAGGGGUAUUUAUGUCUGGUAUUCACUUUGUCUCCAGGUGCUGAGUACUUACAGUUCUCACUGAUGUCAGCAUGGGUCGAACAAACGGGGCCCAGUUGUCUUAAUUAGCUGCACAAAGGAAUUCCAAGGAAAGAUUUAUUCUCAGUCACCAAAAAAAUCACAUUCAGGGAACACCUUUGUCCUUUUCCACUUCGCUUCGUGUUGGACUCAGUUUCUCCCAGCACAUCGAGUACAUCUGUUUCCUUCUCCCUCUACCUGGUGGACUGGAUGCACCCACGCAAUUCCAUACCGACCUCCUGGCUAAGUUGCCCCGUUGCACUGAAUGGACCCAGCUGAGCAGCAAAUAUAAAAUCCAACCUUCACUUUGGGUCAGCUUUGCAUGGACCUCUCCCUCCCCAAAGAAUGCCUUUAUCCCGUGCCUGGUUCGGACCAUGCCUCCCUCCACCUCCAUCCGCACCACCACACCCAGCAUAGAAAGUGCUGCUGCCUCUGGUGAGAUCCCAUGCUUUGUGGUUACAAAUGAUGUUUUUCCAAUGCUGCUUCAUUGCGAAACUGACGAGGACAGAUGGGCUGUAUCUGAAAGGAAGGGUGGCUGGAAGGGGUGGGUGCUGCCGGCACCGCUGGGUGACAGCUGGGGAGUGGGAUGGGGACCCAGGGCAUCCAUCCAGGAAAGCAAGCUGCUGCUCUGGCAGCAUUCUGCAGCAAAACUAGAAAGGAUGCCCUGGGAAGGGGAUGGAGCACCGCGCUGCCUCACCACUGCCAGCAGCACCAGGGUCAGGAGCCCAGCAGAGCAAAGCCAGAGUCAGAGCAGUGCGGGUGGGGGGGGGGGGAGAAGGGGAGGUGGGUUGGCCCAUUCAUUCUGCACGGCCCUGGGAAGGCGAGGGGUGAGGCACAGCAAUAAGACUUGUCCUUGGUCUUGCAGAGAUACUGUGAAAACAAAACCACGAUGUACCAAGUCUGGACACUCAUGGCGAUGUAAAAACAAAACCCUGCUUUUAUAACAGACGGAAAAAUAAAAUGAAGUUUUCAAACCCGCCUGGCCUGGA